UGUUGAUUCAUCUUCUUCCCACCUAAGCCCCUUUCUUGAUUUGUCUCUCUUUACGCCUGUCUUGUCUUUCACCUCGAUUCAAACUCUGAGAUUCAAGCUAUCUUCGUCUCCGUCUCCACAAACCCUAAUUCAAUGCAAUUCCCACCUUCCUCUCAUAUGCUUCCUCCAUCCAUGGAUCCCUAGUCUCUGCAAUAACGUUGCUGAAGAGUUCGUGGGAAAAUGCCGAGUGUAGCUGUGAAGCUCUACAGUGUCUUCUUCAAGUUCCUGUUGAAGCACCGUUUGCAGAAUCAGAUCCAAUCCACCGGCUCCGGUGAUGAGUCCUCGUCGGAUCCGUUCGGCGUCACGACCCGACCUGAUGAAUCCGUUGCCGCUCCGAACCCGUCCUUCACCGAUGGCGUCGCAACCAAGGACAUUCACAUCGACCCGUUAACCUCUCUCUCCCUUCGGAUCUUCUUGCCGGAAUCCGCUCUCGCUCCGCCGGAGCCGGAUGUUUCCGGUAAGCCGCGAAAUUCCCGCCCAAAUCACCAUCACCUCGCCGGAUCAGAUCUCUCCAGAAGAAACAGCUUCGGCUCCUCAAACAUUUUCUCCUCUGCGAAAGAGGAAUCGAGAAGGAACAGUUACGGUUGCAGCACCGACGAGGCUCUCAGCGCGAGAUCCUCCGAACCGUACAGAGGGUACUCGCCAUCGUCGGCGGGGAACUGCCGGGGACUCCCCGUGAUGUUGCAAUUUCACGGUGGUGGAUGGGUGAGUGGGAGCAAUGACUCAGUGGCCAAUGAUUCCUUCUGCAGAAGAAUGGCAAAGCUCUGCGACGUCAUUGUUUUGGCCGUCGGGUAUCGGCUUGCGCCCGAGAAUCGGUACCCUUCGGCGUAUGAGGACGGGCUCAAGGUGUUGAACUGGCUCGGGAAGCAAGCAAAUUUGGCAGAGUGCAACAAGUCGAUGGGAAGCUCUCGGCAACGACUCGGGACGGAGUUAAAGAAAUCGGAGGCUAACAAGCAUAUAGUGGAUGCUUUCGGUGUAUCAAUGGUGGAGCCUUGGCUUGCGGCUCAUGGAGAUCCUUCAAGAUGUGUGCUUCUUGGGGUGAGCUGUGGUGCCAACAUAGCGGAUUACGUAGCUCGUAAAGCCGUGGAGGCAGGCCGGCGGCUGGACCCCGUCAAGGUUGUCGCCCAAGUUCUGAUGUACCCUUUCUUCAUCGGCUCCAUUCCCACCCAAUCCGAGAUCAAACUCGCAAACUCCUAUUUCUAUGACAAGCCCAUGUGCAUUCUCGCCUGGAAGCUCUUCUUACCCGAGGAAGAAUUCAGCCUGGACCACCCGGCUGCCAAUCCACUCGUCCCUGACCGAGGCCCACCCCUCAAGCUAAUGCCACCUACACUAACCAUCGUUGCAGAACACGACUGGAUGAAAGACCGAGCCAUCGCUUACUCAGAGGAGCUGAGGAAGGUAAAUGUAGACGCUCCGGUCUUAGAGUACAAAGACGCGGUUCACGAAUUUGCCACGCUCAACAUGCUUCUGAGGACACCACAGGCUCAGGCCUGCGCAGAAGACAUUGCCAUCUGGGUCAAGAAGUACAUCUCUCUCCGCGGCCAUGAGUUCUCGUACUAGCUUCUCCUCCAGGGUAUAAGAACAAAAGGGCUGAUCUGAAAACCGGGCGAGGUAUGAGAACAAAAAGGUGAAAUCAGGAAACCUGGUUUUCCGGGAGGUUUUUCUCUCUAGCUCCGGCGAGAGGAAGAACAAAAGGGCUGGUCGGAAAACAGGGGAUGAUCGUUCCUCGCUUGUCUGAAAUCGUUUAUGCAGUUUCACAUGUAAGACAUGCGAGAGGUUCUCUUGAGUUAGUCUUAGUGUUGUGUUGCUCUGUUGAGAUGAAAGUCGUCUUCUUCUUCACCAUUUUUGUGUAUUACUCAACUUUCUCCAUUUAUAAAAAGUCCAUGUAUUUUGUAGAUUU